UCCAUUAUUUUUUCCAUCCAAUUUAUUUUUGUUCAUCCAAUUUACACCAUUCCGGAACUUUUCAACCCUCCAUUACCAUGUCUUUGAGGCUUCGAAAACCCAACGAAUCAGAAAUCUGUGACCAAGAAGAUAGUCUCUUGGCUCGGGCAAAACUCCAUAAAAGAAGGUGGAGAUUGGCAUUUGAUGUCAUUCGCUUCACCAGGGCUCUUGCUUCUUUGUCAAAGAUAGCUCUAGACAGCAACAACCAAAUCUUGCGGUCCUUCUCUUAUGUUGCCAUUGAUAUCGGUAGAGCAUUGCAAAACGAUGACGCUGGACUUUAUUUUCUCGACAUUGAUCAGAAAAUACUCACUACCAUGGUGAAAGAGAAGAACUUCGAAUCUUUGAGUAAUCUUGGAGGAGUGAAGCAAGUUGCUGCAAUUCUUGGAACCGACGAAAAGAAUGGUGUCCCAGGUAAUGACGCUCAACUUCUGCAUAGGACGAAUGCUUUUGGUAAAAACUGUUAUAAAAAGCCAGAUGCAAAAAACUUUCUUAGUUUUGUUUAUGAAGCAUUCAAAGAUACGACCAUUAUCAUACUUCUAGUCUGUGCAAUACUAUCUCUAGCCUUCGGAAUUAAAGAAGAUGGCUUGAAAGAAGGGUGGUAUGAUGGCAGCAGUAUUAUAUUUGCUGUGUUUUUGGUUGUAAUUGUCUCUGCCUUGAGUAACUUCAAUCAAAAUAGACAAUUUGAGAAGCUUUCUGAUGAGACUGGUGACAUAAAAGUUGAAGUAGUGAGAGAUGGCAGGCGCCAAGCCGUGUCAAUCUUUGAAGUUGUAGUGGGUGAUGUUGUGUGUUUGAAGAUCGGCGAUCAAAUUCCAGCUGAUGGGUUGUUCUUGAAUGGUCACUCCUUGAAGGUGGAUGCAUCUAGCAUGACUGGUGAAAGUGACCAUGUUGAAAUCAAUGGCAGCAAGAAUCCUUUCUUGCUUUCUGGCACAAAGGUCACAGAUGGUUAUGGUUCUAUGCUCAUCACUUCUGUGGGUAUGAAAACGGCAUGGGGAGAGAUGAUGAGUUCUAUUAGCCGUGACUUGGAUGAGCAGACUCCACUGCAAGUUCGCCUGAACAAGCUGACUUCCUAUAUUGGAAAGAUUGGAUUGGCAGUAGCUGUGCUGGUCCUUCUUGUUAUGUUGAUUCGUUACUUCACAGGCAACACCACAGAUGAAAGAGGAGACAGAGAAUUCAACAGCGGCAAGUUAAAGUUUGACGAUGUAAUGAAUGCAGUUCUGAGAAUUAUUGCUGCAGCAGUUACAAUAGUGGUGGUUGCAAUCCCUGAAGGUUUGCCUCUGGCUGUUACUCUCACUCUGGCAUACUCUAUGAAGCGUAUGAUGGCAGAUAAUGCAUUGGUUAGAAAACUCUCUGCUUGCGAAACGAUGGGAUCCGCCACAACAAUCUGCACAGACAAAACAGGCACGCUCACUUUGAAUGAAAUGAAAGUGACAGAGUUUUGGGUUGGAAAAGAAGCAAUGAAGGAUACGGAUAUAGCUGCUAACGUUUAUGAGUUGCUACAAGAAGGGGUUGGUCUAAACACAAUUGGUACUGUUUAUCAGUCAAACUCUGGUUCACCGCCUGAGAUAUCUGGUAGUCCAACUGAGAAAGCAAUACUUUCCUGGGCUGUGUUAGACUUGGAAAUGAACCUGGAUGUGUCAAAACAAAAUUGUGACAUAAUCUAUGUAGAGGCCUUCAAUUCAGAGAAAAAGAGAAGUGGUGUCUUGAUGAGGAGGAUCAACGAAAAGGUUGUUCACACACACUGGAAGGGAGCUGCCGAGAUGAUACUGGCCAUGUGUUCGCAUUAUUAUGACAGAAGUGGUACGAUGAAAGUCAUUGAUGGUGAAGAAAGAAUGCAAAUUGGGACAAUUAUUAAGGGUAUGGCAGCUAAGAGCCUGCGAUGCAUUGCCUUUGCUCACAAAAAAGUUGCAGAAGAAAACGGGAAAACUCAUGAGAAGCUUGAAGAAUCUGGAUUGACCUUGCUGGGACUCGUUGGUUUGAAGGAUCCAUGUCGGCCAGGUGUGGGUAAAGCUUUAGAAUCCUGCAAGAAAGCUGGAGUGAAUGUCAGAAUGAUCACUGGAGACAAUAUCCACACGGCAAAAGCUAUAGCUAUUGAAUGUGGAAUACUCAGUCCUAGUUUAGAUUUGAAUACUGAAGCCGUAGUAGAAGGUGUUCAAUUCAGGAAUUACUCUGAUGAAGAAAGGAUGGCAAAGAUUGAUAAAAUCAGUGUAAUGGCAAGAUCGUCUCCUUUUGACAAGCUUUUGAUGGUACAGUGCUUGAAGAAGAAAGGUCAUGUGGUAGCUGUUACAGGAGAUGGGACAAAUGAUGCACCUGCUCUAAAGGAAGCUGAUAUUGGGCUCUCCAUGGGGAUCCAAGGCACUGAGGUUGCAAAGGAAAGCUCAGACAUAAUCAUCUUGGAUGAUAACUUUUCCUCUGUGGUGACUGUUUUGAGGUGGGGAAGGUGUGUCUACAACAACAUUCAAAAGUUCAUCCAGUUUCAGCUCACAGUGAAUGUUGCAGCCCUUGUCAUCAAUUUUAUUGCAGCAGUUUCUUCUGGUGAUGUUCCGUUGACUGCUGUCCAGCUGUUGUGGGUGAAUCUAAUCAUGGACACCUUGGGAGCUUUAGCAUUGGCUACCGAACGACCCACCAACCAACUUAUGACCAAACCACCUGUGGGCCGAUCUGCGCCUCUCAUAACCAAGGUCAUGUGGAGGAACCUUGUUGCUCAGGCUUUGUAUCAAGUAAUUGUGCUAUUAAUUCUGCAGUUCAAGGGAAGAUCCAUCUUCAGUGUGGACGAGAAGAUAAAGAACACCCUAAUAUUCAACACAUUUGUCUUCUGCCAGAUUUUCAAUGAGUUUAAUGCAAGGAACCUGGAGGAGAAGAACAUAUUCAAGGGGCUGCACAAGAACAAACUCUUUAUUGGGAUUGUUGGGACUACUCUAAUUCUGCAAGUGUUGAUGGUGGAGUUUCUGAACAAGUUUGCCAACACUAAGAGGCUGAAUUUGGAGCAAUGGAGUGUUUGUGUUUGCAUUGCUGCUAUGUCCUGGUUGAUUGGUUGGCUCGUGAAGUGGAUUCCAGUUUCUGGAAAAUAGUUCCUCUUCUUUUCCAAGCAAGGAGCAUCUACCAUAUCCAGAGUCUGAAGUUUUUCUUCUUUCUUUAGUUUUCCAGAAGUAAAUAGGAUGGAACUUACAUUUCAAUAAAUGACUCUCUUUCAGAUUUAUGUUCUGUCCAAAAAAGCAAAUUAUUAUA